UGCUUUGGGUUGUUGAGGUGUAUGAACGUACGGACAAAGUGACAAGAGUGUAAAACAAAGCGGGCUGGGGCGUUGUGCUCCUUUGUGCCUCGUGAGCCUCCGUUGCCUCGGGCGUUCGUUUCGCGCAACCUGCUGGGAGUUGUAGUCCUGGACCCGAGGGUGCCUGGGAGGCGGGAGGGGGUUUGGAGUUUCUAAGCCGAUUCCGCGGGAAGGGCCCAGGGGCCUCACACUUCGAGUCGCGGGAGCUGCAGGUUUUACCGGAGAGACGCUGCACGUGGAGCUCGUGCCACUGCUGUUCUCUGCCGGCUCUGGAGCGCGGGCGGGGCGACCGGGUCGAUUCCGGAGCGGGGCUGAGCUUUUGAAACACUUCAACCAUGACAAAAAGAGAAGCAGAAGAGCUGAUAGAAAUUGAGAUUGAUGGGACAGAGAAGCCAGAGUGCACAGAAGAAAGCAUUGUAGAACAAACCUACACCCCAGCUGAAUGUGUAAGCCAGGCCAUAGACAUCAAUGAGCCAAUAGGCAAUUUAAAGAAACUACUAGAACCAAGACUACAGUGUUCUUUGGAUGCUCAUGAAAUAUGCCUACAAGAUAUCCAGCUUGAUCCAGAACGAAGUUUAUUUGACCAAGGAGUAAAGACAGAUGGAACUGUACAGCUUAGUGUACAGGUAAUUUCUUACCAAGGAAUUGAACCAAAGCUGAACAUCCUUGAAAUUGUUAAACCUGCGGAAACAGUUGAAGUAGUUAUUGAUCCAGACGCUCACCAUGCUGAAGCAGAAGCACAUCUUGUUGAGGAAGCCCAAGUGAUAACUCUCGAUGGCACAAAGCACAUUACCACCAUUUCAGAUGAGACCUCGGAACAAGUGACGAGAUGGGCUGCCGCGCUGGAAGGUUACAGGAAAGAGCAGGAGCGCCUUGGGAUACCCUAUGAUCCUAUACAGUGGUCCACAGACCAGGUCUUGCACUGGGUAGUUUGGGUCAUGAAGGAAUUCAGCAUGACUGAUAUAGACCUCAGCACACUCAACAUUUCAGGACGAGAAUUAUGCAGUCUCAACCAAGAAGAUUUUUUUCAGCGAGUCCCUCGGGGAGAAAUUCUUUGGAGUCAUCUGGAGCUUCUUCGAAAAUAUGUAUUGGCAAGCCAAGAACAGCAGAUGAAUGAGAUAGUUACAAUCGAUCAACCUGUCCAAAUUAUUCCAGCGUCAGUUCAGUCUGCUACACCAACUACAAUUAAAGGUAUAAACAGUAGUGCAAAAGCGGCCAAAGUACAAAGAGCUCCCAGGAUUUCAGGAGAAGAUAGAAGCUCACCAGGGAACAGAACAGGAAACAAUGGCCAAAUUCAGCUGUGGCAGUUUUUGCUCGAGCUUCUUACUGACAAGGAUGCUCGAGACUGCAUUUCUUGGGUUGGUGACGAAGGCGAGUUUAAGCUCAAUCAGCCUGAACUGGUUGCACAAAAAUGGGGACAACGUAAAAAUAAACCUACAAUGAACUAUGAGAAACUCAGUCGUGCAUUAAGAUAUUACUAUGAUGGGGACAUGAUUUGUAAAGUUCAAGGCAAAAGAUUUGUAUACAAGUUUGUCUGUGACUUGAAGACUCUUAUUGGAUACAGUGCCGCAGAGUUGAACCGAUUGGUCACAGAAUGUGAACAGAAGAAACUUGCGAAGAUGCAGCUCCAUGGAAUUGCCCAGCCAGUCACGGCAGUAGCCCUGGCUACGGCUUCUCUGCAAACAGAAAAGGAUAACUGAGCCCAGGACCUUCUGGGGUUUCGAGGUCUUUCUUAAAUGCUAGAGCAAGUAUUGAUUGCUCUUACCUUUAUUACUGAAUUUAAAUCUUUUAUUUCUAGACUGUACAAUCUGAUGCAUGAUUUUUUUAUAAAUAUUUCAUACUCUUGUGAAUUUGAAUCUUUUUACUUUGAGCAUAUAUUUUAGAAUAUGUAUAUGUUAAAAGGUCACCACAAUGGCUUCAGUAUGAAGGCAGGUUCAUUGUGGAUAAUUUGUUAACAGCCAGGAAAGCUAAACUGGUCAGUAUUAAUGCCUAGCCCUACCAAAAAUUGCCAGUAGCAUCUGAGGAUGAAAAAUAAAUGAAGUAUCUCCAGGAAACAAUGUGGCUUAACUAUUUUUGAAAAUAUAAUUGUUUCCCCUCUC